AUGCUCCAGCAAGCACCGCAAGAGACGUCGCGACUUAGUCGACAGGUUCUUCAAGGCAUGCGUGGAGUUUCUUCGCAGCGAAUAGAGAUGGCUUUAGACAUCAUCGGAUCAGUUGCCAGGGUGGAGGGAAUCAACGGAAGCGAUAUCGUCAAGAAACCAGCCGUCACUCUUGACUACUUUUGUGGUAUCCUCCGCGAGGAUAGCGCGCAAGGUCACACUGGAAUACUUACUCCGGGCCUGCCAAGCACAGUCUCCCUUCGCCCUCUACACAUAUCCCAGCAGAUACCAGAAGGCAUGACGGUCUUUCUUCCUGCCACCGCAAGGCAGGAAAGGCCUGGUUUGACCUAUGUCUGGCAGCCGAAUGCGCUUUCCCGAAGGCAAUUUGAUGGACAACGGCCAGGAAGUCCUCCGCCUGUACUCUUCCGCAACCCCAAGGACGACUGA